AUGACCGGAGGUUUCGAUGUACCUCUCGUGGAUGAGGUCGGCGAUUCCGGCGCGCGGUGGGCUGGCACCGCUCAUAUACUUGGCCCACGUUGGGCGCGCCUACCACUACUGAGCUUGGGCCUGAUUGGAGUCCAGCUUCUUUGGUCCGUAGAGAUGUCGUAUGCUUCGCCGUACUUGAUCUCGCUAGGACUGUCGAAGUCGGGGAUGGCCAUGGUCUUCAUAGCCGGGCCAAUCUCAGGCUUGGUUGUCCAACCGGUCAUUGGUUUAUUAGCAGAUACCUCGAAGUCACGGUUCGGAAGGAGACGACCCUAUAUACUGGCGGGCACUGGAUUCUGCUCUUUCUUCAUCUUACUCCUUGGAUAUACACGCCAGUUCGCCAGUAUUGUUACCACUACAGGCUCAGAUGCGAAUGACACACUGACGAUAUGGCUCGCCGUGUUCAGUAUAUUCUGUAUCGACUUCGGGAUUAACGCGGUCAUGAGCAUGGACAGAGCUCUCAUUGUGGACACCCUUCCUUCAGAGAAGCAACCCAUUGGAAGUGCUUGGGCGGCGCGUAUGAUGGGUAUAGGCAGUGUCGUUGGUUUCCUCAUCGGCGGGUUGGAUAUGCCUGCAAUGUUCCCAAUAUUCGGGAGUACAGAGAUCGAAGUUAUUUCAGCCCUAUCUGCCAUAUCGCUCGUGUUCACCCAUGCCAUAACUUGCUACUGCACGAAAGAGCGCGUUUUACUCUCGCUCCCCGCGCGCCAACAACGAAGCGGCUUUUUGAAGGAGGUCAAGUCUACGUGGACGACCUUCAAAACCUUGCCAUAUGCCAUCUUGCGAAUUUGUAUCAUCCAAUUCUUCGCUUGGCUAGGCUGGUUUCCCGUGCUCUUCUACACAUCUCUAUACGUCGGAGACUUCUAUCGUCGCUCCACACCCGCAUCCUCGGCCUUAACUCCGGAGUUUGUCGAAGCAGAAGCAAAUCGGCUUGGAUCUCGCGCAAUGACAAUCUCCGCGAUCUUGACGCUGCUCACCAACUUCGCCGCGCCCAUCCUCGUGUCCAAAAGAAGAACUGGACAGGAAGCCCUCAUGACCGCUGGCCCCAAACCCUGGUAUCGACGGAGGAUGCACAUGGCGACGAUAUGGGCGUUAUCCCAUAUAGUCUUUGCGGCGUGCAUGUUUGCGACAUUGUUCGUGAGCAGUGUAAUAGCUGCGACUAUAGUGAUGAGCAUAACCGGCAUAUGCUGGGGUAUCACUCUAUGGGCGCCAUUCUCUCUGCUCGGAGAAGAGAUUGUGGCUUCCAGUUCAGAACUCCCCGGCGUGGAAGAGACCAUAGUUCUGGCUGACCAUCGGACGCCUCUCGAAAGUCGAGAAGAAGUCUUUGCAGUCGCUGAUGACUCGGACUCAGAUGAAGAUCGGACUGCGAAGCCCGCUCUACGACCUCGCUGGAGCGGUGACGGGGACGAUCCGCGCACUGCGCUCAUGGGAAAUGCCGACGCACGGCAGAGCUGGGUCGACGUCGGCGCCAGCGGUCAUGCCACGGAAGGGCAGGGUCAAGACCCUACGUCGCGUUCGGGGCUCAGUGCGAAAGCAGGGACGAUCUUGGGAAUCCACAACACGUUUAUCGUCGCGCCUCAGUUUCUCGUGACCGGCCUCGCCUCAAUCAUAUUCGCCAUAUUUGAGCCCGGCAAAUCUGCUAUUCAUGGCGGCAAAAGGACCGCGACGUUCAACACGUCGGAUGUAGACGCCGGCAGUAACCUGGCGCUCCUUUCGAGGGACGAUACUGCUCAAACGGAGUCGGCGGCCAAUGGUCCCAAUACCAUUGCCAUCAUCUUCCGGCUCGGAGGCGUGGCUGCCGUAGUGGCCUUCGUCAUUUGCUGGAGACUCGCAGGUUACCUCCGGCGCCGAGGAUGA